GACAUGCUUUCCUUAUCUAUGAUAGAGAGAGAGUUUGUAAGGUUAUGGUUAUGAAUUUUUAUUUUUAAUACAAAAAAAUAACAAAUUAUAUGAAAAACAAUUAGAUAUCAAAAGGCAUGCCAGCAGCGAUCAUGGAAUGUGCCGAUUUUAGUGAAUUUCAGGAGGCUCUAAAGACAAUGAGAAGAAGUGAUGAUAUUAUAAUAAAUACUAUAAAUUCCGUAGUUUGUACCGGCUCUUUUCAUGCCGAUGAGGCUGCCGCUUGCAAAGACAUAUUUAAUCAAAUAAACCAAGGUCAUGAGAAAAGGGAAAAUCUUAUACGGAAUUGCAUUUCGUACACGACAAAUAACGUAAAGAGACUGAAGGUUGAAAGAGAAAAUAAGACUGAUGAUAUUCAGCUGAAUAAAUCCCUUAGGGCUGAACAGACUAAACUGAGGAUGUUACAAGUAGAAAUAUCAGUUGAAGACUUAAUUAAAGAAAGAUCAAUUAAGGUAUUUAAUGAGAAAUGCAGAAGAUAUUUUAAGCCUCCAUUAUGAUAUUGUAGAUAUUUAACUUUUUUGUAGCGGUUUUAUUAGAAUAUAUUCAAUUAUACAACUCAAGGAACUUACUUUAUAAAUUUUUAAGAAUAAAAUUGUUGAAGUUAAAAUUAUUUGU